CUCCUUCCCUCCCUCCCCGAGUCAGAAAAAAGCGCACACGCAUUAAUUCGAUCGUGAACGGACCAGCCAAGGCGGUUUGGCCCGUCUCUCAGCUCUUUUGUUGCACGUCGAGAUCUACCUGUCAAAGAGACGAUCCGACCGUUUGACAGGUAAGAGGCUGAAACCCGUUGUGGUGUUGUUCCGUAGUGGAGUUUUUGGUGGCUUGCGAGCUGGCUGGCUGCCAAGGGAGCGGGAGGCCCCACGAUACAGUACGAGGGAUGCCUGGAUGCUCGCCUUUCAGGCAGAGAGUGGCAGAGAGGGUGGAUGUGUGAGAUCGUCACAUGGAUGGAGUGUCCCACAUGCCCUCAAUUCUCUGUGGGGCUCACGUGGGAGGGGGAGGCGUGAUAUUUGGGGAGGUAAGGGAAGUUGACUCUGAGAGCGAUUUGCUGGUACAGUACUGUAUGGUGGAUUAAAGUUAAGUUUAAGCUUAUGAUUGACGAGCGACAUAGUCAUUUCUUAAGGUAGAAUCUUACUUCGCCAAAUUCUUUCGACCUCCACCGACUCACGUGAUAUACAUAUUCCAACAAACGGCACAGUCUGCCAUCCCAUCCAUGAAUCUUCCCCACCCAGUCUCCAGAGUCCAAACCAAGAACAUCGGAAUUUCGGAAUCCCAACUCUUUCCCUAAAUUACAGCCCCCUGCCGAUCCUUCCAAGACCAAGAGAUCAGACCAUCCCAGCCAUCGCAUCAGAAGCAGAAGCAGAAGCAGAAGCACAUGCAAACUGCAUUGCAUCGCGAAAUAAUUGGAAGCGAGACGGGGUAAAAACCCGCCGCAGAAGUCGGUGAAGCGAGGCCAGUGAGGCGAGUGCGAUGGUUCCAAGAACGAGCAGACCAAUCAUAACCCCGCUUUUUGACAUCCAAGGUCAUAGAGUGAACUGAUAUCUGUUCAUUUUUGGCUUGCUUCCUUUCAUUGCGAGAUGCAAGGCUGCUGGUAGGUAUCGAGUUUAGGGUUUCGGAUUCCGCGUUGUUAUUUCAGGCUUUUGAGAUAUUGUUUAUCUUCAGUAUAUAUCACGCUCUAUCUUGUGUAUUCUUCCUUGAGCGAGCGUGGCGUCUGUCAUCCUGCUUGUCCUAAGUUUUCGAUUGAGUUCUGACUGUGCUGGCUCUCUUUUUUGGAACUCAGUCUCAAUAUGGCUUUCUUCUAUCUCAAAGCUGUAGCUCUGUUUCUGGUGUCGUGGCUCGCAUACGCCAAUUUCCAAAGCUGGUGGAGUUUCAGGAAAUUGAGGAAAUGGGGUGAACAGCAUGGAUGUGCAGAUGCGCCGACAGUGCCUAAUGAAUGGCCGUGGGGAUUGGAGAGAUUGUAUUUCCUCUUGACGAAACUGAAAGACUUGGACUUCCUCGAUGAUUUUGUCCUAAAGCGAAACAUUGACAUGGGAUGCAAUACCUACCGCAUGCAUGGCAUAUUUUUCAACAGCGCUAUCUUCACGACUGAGCCAGAGAAUGUCCAGGCAGUACUAGCAACCAAGUUCCACGACUACGAACUUGGGCCUGCUCGAAACGAUGCCUUUCACUCCCUCCUUGGAAAUGGCAUCUUCACUGCUGAGCGAGAAGCAUGGGCUCAUUACAGACAUCAGCUCAAACCGCAAUUCACACGCGAUCAAGUCAGCGAUCUCGACGCCGCAGGUCGCCACCUAAACGUCCUUUUCAAAGCUCUCCCUCAGGAAAACGCAGACGGCUGGGUCGAGAGCGCAGAUUGGCUGCCUCUCCUCUACCGCUUCACUCUCGACGCAAGCACCGAGUUCCUUUUCGGCCAAUCAGUUGACAGCCAAACCACUGCCCUCCACGCUGAAGAUUCCGGCUACUCCAAAGAACAAGAAGACAACAUCGCCUUCGCAGAAGCCAUGAACACCGCCCAAGAGUAUAUCGUCUCUCGCCUCCGCUUCCGUCGUCCAGCAUGGUGGCCCCUCCCAAAAGUCCACAAGGAAGCAUGCAACACCGUCAAAGCAAUGGCCGAUCGAUUCGUCAAGCUCGCGCUAGACCCAGAUCAAGAUCACAAACGAAAGUUACAACAAGCCGAGAACGGCGAGAAGAAGAAGUUCGUGUUGUUGGAUGCACUGGUAGCAGAGACUCGUGAUCCGAUCGAACUCCGCGAUCAAGCUCUUCAUGUCCUGCUUGCUGGGAGAGACACCACGUCCGCGCUGCUAGGAUGGACAAUCCUCCUUCUCGCUCGCCACCCAUCCAUCUACGCCUCUCUCCGCCAAACCGUUCUCUGCACUUUCGGAUCAGAAACCCACCCUCUCACCGAACCAUCUUUUACCUCUUUAAAAGCUUGCAAAGAACUCACGCACGUACUAUACGAAGUCCUACGCUUGUAUCCCCUCGUUCCACUAAACGGUCGUGGUGCCGUCAGGAACACGGUCCUGCCUACUGGUGGAGGGAAGGACGGCAAGCAGCCGAUUGCGGUGAUGAAGGGGGAGCAGGUCGGGUAUCAGAGUUAUGUUAUGCAUAGGAGGAAGGAUAUCUGGGGGGAGGAUGCGGAUGUUUUCCGGCCGAGCAGGUGGGAGGGGAGGAAGUUGGGGUGGGAGAUGAUUGCUUUUUCUGGGGGGCCGAGGAUUUGUUUGGGGCAACAAUACGCCCUCAAUGAAGCGAGUUUCGUGAUCGUCAGGGUCCUACAAAGAUUCGACAAAAUCGAAGCUCUUGAUAUGAAAGGUCCGCUGAAGAAAGGUAUUACUAUCACACUACAGCCUGGUGAUGGAGUGAAAGUCAGGAUGCAUAGGGCAAGUUCAUGAGUAGGUUGACGUGCGCAGUUUGGGCGUUGGGGGAUCAAGAGCACGGGCAAAGGAGGCAUAUCUCCACUUCACUCAAUACUGGUGUAUAAGCGAGUUAUCGUAGCAUAAUAAAAGAAGUCUCAAUUCAAACCAGA